AUGGGAAAAAGCAUCUUUAAACAUAAGACAUUUGGAAGGAGCUUCAGCCAUUCUCCAGACUUGAUUAUAUCUAACACUUUCUCCUUCUGGUGGAGAAAACCCUUCAGUUACCACUCAGACCUAAUUAAAUUUCAUAGACUGCAUGUUGGAAAAAAGUUACAUGAACAGAAUAAAUGUGGAAAAUCUCUUGGCACAAUAUCAAACAGUAACAAAUUGCAGAGUAAGUUUGAUAAAGCCUUCAUCAAGAAGGGACACUCUCUUGCCCAUCUGAAAAUUUAUGCUGGCAAGAAACCCUUUGAAUGUAAUGAAUGUGGGAAAUUUUUCAGUAAGAGGAUAAACCUUAUUAGUCAUCAGAGAACUCAUACUGGAGAGAAACCAUUUUCAUGUGGUGGAUGUGGAAAAAGUUUCGGCCAGAGGGCAUGUCUUAUUAGUCAUCAGAGAAUUCAUACUGGAGAGAAGCCAUUUGCAUGUAAUGAACAUAGAAAAGGCUUUUGCCAAAGGGGACAUCUUAUUACACACCAGAGAAUUCACAGUGGAGAGAGACCCUUUGAAUGUAAAGAAUGUGGGAAAGCCUUCAUCAGGAGGGGUCACCUUAGUACACAUCAGAGAAUUCAUACUGGAGAGAAGCCUUUUGUUUGUAAUGAAUAUGGAAAAACAUUUCAUGAGAGGAGAAACCUUAUUAGCCAUCAGAGAAUUCAUACUUCAGGAAAACCCUUUAGAACUCAUGCUGGAGAAAAACCCUUUGAAUAUAUUGAAUGUGGGAAAGCUUUCUGUGUGAAGUCAAACCUUAAUAGACACCAGAGAACUCAUACUAAAGGGACAUGCUUUGCCUGUAAUGAAUGUGAGAAAGCCUUCAGUGAAAGAGGAACUUAUAUUGGAGAGGAAUGUUUUGCAUAUAAUGACAGUGGGAAUGCCAUCAUCAAGCAGGAACUACUCAAAAGCCAUUAUAGGAUUCAUGCAGGAAAGAAACCCUUUGCAUGUAAUGAAUGUGGAAAAGCCUUUAGCAAGAGGGGAUACCUUAUUAGACAUCAGAGAAAUCACAAAAACAAUUAG